AUUAAGCACAUCAAUAUUAUUGACCUGGAUAGACUAAUAAUAAAGAUUUAAAUAAAAUAUUCCUCUCAUGGCCCAAAACCAUUGAACCAUUCGUCUCUUCCACUUCCACAUAGUAAAACAGAACAACCACCAAAAGCCGAUGUGACAUGUACUUGGAAAAAAAUCACCAUAUCAAUAAUCAAACACAAGAAGAAUAAAUAAGGCCAAAGAGAACAAAAACAAGGUUGGUCUAUAUUCCUAAAAUGGGAUUAAAAGAGCAACCAAAUUGUCUAAGUCAGCGGAAGAUCUAUGUGUUUAUAGUCUCAGCGUUUAUACCAAUUGCUCUGUUUCGACUCUGUUUCUACAACCCUUUCUCAACCAUUGAUGAUACAAUUCUCCAAGACUCUACGGCACACGUUGUGAUCACUAGCUACUCAUCUUCUCAAGAAAAUGAAACUCAAGAGAGUUAUGAUCGUAUUAAGGAAGAAUCUUUAUGUGAUUAUACAAAAGGCAAAUGGGUCAAAGACGAGAUGGGUCCACUCUACAACGGCUCGAGCUGCGGAACAAUCAAAGAUGGUCAGAACUGUUACCGCCAUGGCAGACCAGACUCUGGUUACCUUUACUGGAAAUGGAAACCGAACCAAUGCGAUAUACCGAGAUUCGACGCUAACCGGUUUCUUGAUCUUAUGAGAGACAAGCAUCUAGCUUUUAUCGGCGACUCCAUGGCUAGAAACCAGCUCGAGUCUCUCAUCUGCCUCCUCUCUACCGUCUCUAGCCCUGAUCUCGUUUACAGAAACGGAGAUGAUAAUAAAUUCAGAAAGUGGCGUUUCGAGUCUCACAACGUCACGGUCUCGGUUUACUGGUCCCCGUUUCUUGUGGCCGGUUUAGAGAAAUCCGGAAACUUGGACCACAACGUGUUGCACGUAGACCGUGUGGACGAGAGAUGGGGAAGUGAUUUAGAACGUUUUGAUACAGUCGUGGUCUCUGUGGGACAUUGGUUUUUACAUCCUGCGGUUUAUCACGAGUCCGGUUCGGUCUUGGGAUGUCAUUCUUGCGAGGCAAGGAACUGUACCGAGAUAGGGUUUUUCGAUAUCUUUAGGAAAGCAAUAAGAACGACGUUGAAGGCGGUGGUUGGGAACCGCCGCGAGGUGAUCUUGACGACGUUUUCGCCUUCUCAUUUUGAAGGCCGGCCUUGGGAUAGUCUCGGCGCGUGUAACAUGACGGAGCCGUACGAAGAGGGGAAGGUUCUAGAAGGUUUGGACUUGGAGAUGCGGCGGAUAGAGAUGGAGGAAGUUGCGGCGGUGAAAGAAGCUAAUGGAGCGGAGGUGAGAUUAGAAGCGUUAGACGUGACGGCGAUAUCGGUGUUGAGACCAGACGGACAUCCUGGUCCGUAUAUGUAUGAGCUCCCGUUCAAGAACGGUGUACCGGAGAGAGUUCAUAAUGAUUGUUUGCAUUGGUGUUUGCCUGGUCCUGUCGACACGUGGAAUGAGAUUAUGAUAGAGAUGUUAAGGCGAUUGAGGGUUUAAAUGAUGAAGGAUGAUUGUGGAAGCGAUCUGAAAUAUCAUGCAUAUGUCAAAAGCUGUAAUCAUUUUUUCUUUGAACUACAGGUAGUUUGUUUUGUUGGAUUAGAUUGAAAAACAUGGGGGUUAUACUUUCUGGUAGUUGUUAUUUUACUUCUUUAAACGAUGGAGGAGAACAAAAGAUAGUUGGCUUUAGUUUAGAUAAAAAAGCACGUGCUUCACUUU